CCUCCUCCGCCUCCACUCCUCUCGCGACCACCAACCAGCGGCUUCCCGGCGGCGGCGGCGGCGCGCGCGGGCGAGGGCGAGGGCGCGGCGAGGCGAUGCAGAUGGCUGCGGCGGCGGCGGCGGCGAGCACCGAGGCCCCGGCGGUCGCGGCGGCCGCGCCUCACCACCACCACCCGCACCCCCACGCGCACGGGAUGCACCCGCACGCGCACCACCACAUCCAGGCGCAGCCGAGGUGGGUGGUCAUCCCGUACCCGCCGCCGCACGGCAUGGUGGCCGCCGCGCCGCCGCCUCCCCCGCCGCAGUUCGUCAAGCACUUCGCGCCGCCGGCGUCGGUCACCCCGCCGCCGCCGCAGCAGGCGCAGCAGGCGCAGGCGGCGGCGGCGGCGGCCGGGGGUGGAUCCGGCGGAGGGAACGGGGACGAGAACCGGACGAUUUGGGUCGGGGAUCUCCAGUACUGGAUGGACGAGGGCUACCUGCACAACUGCUUUGGCCCCAGCGGCGAGGUGGUCACAAUUAAAGUUAUUCGUAAUAGACAUUCUGGAGUUUCUGAGGGUUAUGGUUUUGUUGAGUUCUUUUCUCAUGCAUCAGCAGAGAAAGCACUCCAGAAUUUUUCUGGUCAUGUAAUGCCUAAUACCGACCGAGCUUUUAAGUUAAACUGGGCAUCAUAUAGCAUGGGAGAAAAGCGCGCCGAACUUGCUUCUGAUCACUCAAUAUUUGUUGGUGAUCUGGCUGUUGAUGUUACGGAUGAAAUGUUGAUGGAUCUUUUUGCCAAAAAAUACCGAUCUGUGAAAGGAGCUAAAGUUAUUAUUGAUGCAAACACCGGACGUUCUAGGGGCUACGGCUUUGUUAGGUUUGGAGAUGAUAACGACAAAACUCAUGCGAUGACUGAAAUGAAUGGUGCAUAUUGCUCUACCCGGCCAAUUCGUAUAGGACCUGCAACACCUAGAAGAUCUUCAGGUGAUUCUGGCUCCUCGCCACCAAGGCAGUCAGAUAGUGACUCAACUAACAGGACGAUAUAUGUUGGCGGGCUUGAUCCCAACGCUACUGAAGAUGAACUAAGGAAAGCAUUUGCUAAGUAUGGUGAUCUUGCCUCUGUUAAAAUUCCUGUUGGCAAACAGUGUGGUUUUGUUCAAUUUGUCAACAGACCUGAUGCAGAAGAAGCACUGCAAGGGUUGAAUGGAUCAACAAUUGGAAAGCAGGCAGUGCGUCUUUCCUGGGGCCGCAGUCCAGCAAGCAAACAGUCUAGGGGUGAUUCCGGCCACCGGCGCAAUGGCAUGUACUACGGUACACCUUUCUACGGUGGAUAUGGCUAUGCGUCGCCACUUCCACACCCAAACAUGUAUGCAGCAGCAUAUGGAGCCUACCCUUACUACGGUAACCAGCAGCUUGUGAGUUGAUGAGAGGCUUCUCUCUUGUUUCCUCCAAUGGAAAACGAGGUUUUGGUCCAGUAAGCAUAGUAGCGUGUGAUGAGAUAUUUAUAGAUGGCCAUAAAGAAGUUGGUGAGACAGCAGGUAUUACCUGAAAUGGUACCUGCAGAUUUGUGUCAGUGAGUACCGAGUAGAACCUAAAAAGCUUGUAGACAAAAUAAGAGUUGUUCUUAUUCUUUCAAGAAAUUUUGACUCGCUAAUAAAACUGAGCUAUGUGAUGUGCGACUAUUUCCUUCCU